GAACAGCAAUCUCAUCGUGGACAGAGAAAGUAGGACGUCCGGUUUGUUCAACCAAUGAGCAGAUUCCACAUGCGGACACUGAACUCCGCAUUCGACGAAGAAACGCGAUUGGUGCCGAUCACAACCCUGGUGAUUCCACAACACAGUCUGGUAGCGGGCGAGAGCAGCCAAGCCGCAACUCAAACACGUUUAAAUUAUCCAUUUAGAAAGACUGUUUUAGGAUUUACCGACUUUAAAAGGAGCGGGCGAGAGAGAAAGUCUUCAACUGGUCUGGUGCUGAUAUAAAUUCUUGCUAAACGGUAUCACCAAAGAGCUAGCGGAACACAGCCGGCGAAUUCAAGCUGAGGCAACGUAGCUUUAGCUUGUUAGCUUCUGGUUAGCAAAGCGAACCGCUAAUUCGUUCGCUCUCGGCGUACACCUGCGUCCCACGCUGUCCUAUGUACAACUACCUGGCAGCUUUCGCUCCUCGCUCUGGACUUUAGCUCGUUUUUCUUUUAAACGCGUGUGGGAACACCGGGUGGAGGAACAGGACCGAACCCGGAUAAAGGUUAGGAGCAGAGGGAACAAGCUGUGUCCUCGAGUGGCCGUUCACCAUGGACAACGCACACACGAAGACGGUGGAGGAAGUUUUGAGCUUUUUCAACGUAAAUGAGAGCACAGGUCUGAGUUUAGAGGAGGUAAAGAAACAACGGGAGCGAUUUGGACCUAACGAAUUGCCAGCAGAGGAGGGCAAAUCUCUUUGGGAGCUGGUGAUUGAACAGUUUGAAGAUCUGCUUGUGAGGAUCCUUUUACUUGCUGCCUGUAUAUCCUUUGUUCUGGCCUGGUUUGAAGAGGGAGAAGAAACCGUCACAGCCUUUGUGGAGCCUUUUGUUAUCUUGCUUAUUCUCAUAGCAAACGCCAUCGUAGGAGUCUGGCAGGAGCGAAAUGCAGAGAAUGCCAUCGAAGCUUUGAAGGAAUAUGAGCCAGAGAUGGGGAAGGUGUAUCGCCAGGACAAGAAAAGCGUUCAGAGAAUCAAAGCCAGGGACAUUGUGCCUGGCGACAUCGUAGAAGUUGCUGUUGGUGAUAAAGUGCCUGCAGACAUCAGGCUGACUUCUAUAAAGUCAACCACCCUGAGGGUAGAUCAGUCAAUUCUAACAGGAGAGUCUGUAUCGGUGAUCAAGCACACAGAUCCAGUUCCAGAUCCACGAGCCGUCAACCAGGACAAAAAAAACAUGCUUUUUUCUGGCACUAAUAUCGCAGCAGGUAAGGCUGUAGGCGUGGUGGUGGCCACAGCCGGCAACACAGAGAUCGGCAAAAUCCGAGAUGAGAUGGCGUCCACAGAGCAGGAGCGCACGCCCCUGCAGCAGAAGCUGGAUGAGUUUGGGCAGCAACUAUCAAAGGUCAUCUCAUUGAUCUGCAUUGCUGUUUGGCUCAUCAAUAUCGGACAUUUUAAUGACCCGGUCCAUGGAGGCUCUUGGAUCCGAGGUGCAGUCUAUUAUUUCAAGAUUGCGGUGGCUCUGGCAGUCGCUGCUAUUCCUGAGGGUCUGCCUGCUGUCAUCACUACCUGUCUGGCUUUGGGAACGCGCCGCAUGGCCAAGAAGAAUGCUAUUGUCCGCAGUUUGCCCUCCGUGGAGACCCUUGGCUGUACAUCUGUCAUCUGCUCUGACAAAACUGGGACGCUGACCACCAAUCAGAUGUCUGUCUGCCGGAUGUUUAUUAUUGAUAAAACCGAGGGGGAUCACUGUCCGUUAAAGGAAUUCACUGUUACGGGCUCCACAUAUGCCCCAGAUGGAGAAGUCUUUCAUAAUGGUAAACCAGUAAAAUGCUCCCAGUAUGAUGCCUUGGUUGAGCUGGCCACUAUCUGUGCUCUCUGUAAUGACUCAUCACUGGAUUAUAAUGAGACCAAAGGUGUUUAUGAGAAGGUAGGAGAAGCCACAGAAACAGCGCUGACGUGUCUGGUGGAGAAAAUGAAUGUGUUUGAUACAGACAUUAAAAACCUGUCCAAGGUUGAGCGAGCCAAUGCCUGCAACUCUGUGAUAAAGCAGCUCAUGAAGAAAGAAUUGACUUUGGAAUUUUCCAGAGACAGGAAGUCUAUGUCCGUAUACUGCACUCCAAAUAAAGCGCGGUCCUCUGUUGGCAAGAUGUUUGUAAAGGGUGCCCCAGAGGGAGUUAUCGACAGAUGCACACACAUCCGUGUUGGCAGCAACAAGGUGCCGAUGACCCCUGGCAUCAAAGAGAAGAUCAUGUCUGUGAUCAGAGAGUAUGGGACCGGAAGAGACACUCUUCGCUGUCUGGCUCUGGCGACGCGAGAUAACCCUGUAAACAAAGAGAAGCUUGUGUUGGAAGACUCUUCUCGCUUUGUGGAAUAUGAGACUGAUCUGACAUUUGUGGGCUGCGUCGGCAUGCUGGAUCCACCCAGAGCGGAGGUGGCCGCUUCCAUCAGGCUUUGCCGUGUUGCGGGCAUCAGAGUAAUCAUGAUCACCGGAGACAACAAGGGUACAGCAGUAGCCAUCUGCAGACGUAUUGGCAUCUUUGGGGAGGACGACGAUGUUUCCAGCAUGGCUUUCACUGGCAGAGAGUUUGAUGACCUCUCACCUGCCGCACAGAGAGAUGCUGUGGUCAAGGCUCGUUGCUUUGCUCGCGUUGAGCCAGCACACAAAUCCAAGAUUGUCGAGUAUCUGCAGUCCUACGAUGAGAUCACAGCUAUGACCGGUGACGGCGUGAACGAUGCCCCUGCCCUGAAGAAGGCUGAGAUUGGCAUUGCCAUGGGCUCCGGAACAGCUGUGGCCAAAACGGCAUCGGAGAUGGUGCUGGCCGAUGAUAACUUUUCCACCAUAGUAGCUGCAGUCGAGGAAGGCAGAGCCAUUUAUAACAACAUGAAGCAGUUCAUCAGAUACCUCAUCUCCUCCAAUGUUGGUGAAGUUGUCUGCAUCUUCCUGACUGCAGCUCUGGGUUUCCCCGAGGCGCUCAUCCCCGUUCAGCUCCUCUGGGUCAACCUGGUGACUGAUGGGUUGCCUGCCACUGCCUUAGGAUUCAACCCCCCUGACUUGGACAUCAUGAGCAAACCUCCACGAAAUGCUCGGGAGCCCCUCAUCUCCGGAUGGCUUUUCUUUAGAUAUCUUGCCAUUGGAUGUUAUGUUGGAGCUGCUACUGUUGGCGCUGCUGCUUGGUGGUUUGUUGCUGCUGAGGAUGGACCAAGGAUCACCUUUUACCAGCUGAGCCAUUUCCUGCAAUGUGGCCCCGAGAACCCCGACUACCAGGGUCUGGACUGUAAGGUUUUUGAGUCCCCUUACCCCAUGACCAUGGCCCUGUCGGUGUUGGUUACUAUAGAGAUGUGCAAUGCCCUCAACAGUGUGUCAGAGAAUCAGUCGCUGCUGCGGAUGCCUCCCUGGGAGAACGUUUGGCUGCUGGGUGCCAUCUGCCUCUCCAUGUCUCUUCACUUCCUCAUCCUCUAUGUGGAGCCGCUUCCAAUCAUCUUCCAGAUCACCCCUCUUAACCUCACCCAGUGGCUAAUGGUGCUGAAGAUCUCGCUGCCCGUCAUCUUGCUUGAUGAGCUGUUGAAGUUCGCUGCCAGGAACUACCUGGAGCGCAACAGAGAGCUGGAGAAGCUCCCCAGCUCCAAAGGCUGCUGCCUGUUUGCAUGUAUGGAGGGCAUCUCCUGGCCCUUUGUGGCCAUUUCCCUCCCUCUGGUCCUCUGGAUCUACAGCUCUGACACUAACCUGGCUGACAUGUUCAUGUCCUGACUGACUUGAGCACAACCUCAACUUUUUCCAUUCCCACCCUCCCUCAGUCCCCAACUCCUCCCCUCACCCACUGCCAUCACCUCCUCCUUUCCUUCUCUCUCUGCCUUCCUAAUUGUUCAUAGCUAGCUAGCUAUUGUGUGUAUGCGUGUGCGUUUGUAGAGUUAGUUGUGUGUGCGCGUGUGAACUUGUGUGCACGAGAAGGACCAACUGUAACUCAUGAAACGCAACAAAUAAUAUAAAAAAAGUUAAAAUUUAAGUCGCCUGUUUGAGGUGGGUCAGGACUUAUGAAUGGCUUAAGCUUUGAAGUGACUCCCAUAGGGUUGGACUUUGUUGCUGGUUUAAGAGUAAAUAUAGUGUUUUUUUUUUUUUCUUCUUCAUUUUCAUUGUCAAUUUUGCCUUUAAGGUAUCUUUUAAAUGUUAGGAUUAUCUGCAUUCUGCCCUACGUCACUACUGUUAGAGAAUUUUGUUUAGGUUCCCCUUCUCCUGAACACAUUAAAAAGUAAAGAUAUCAAAUCAGUUGAUCUGUACAGAGAUUGAACACUAUUUUAUGCAAUUUUUUUUAAAUGGCUUUGUAAAUUGUUUAACCAGCGUGGCUUAGAAAAACCGCCUUGAUUUACUUUCUGUUAACCAUUGUGUCUUCAGUAUAAAUUCAAAACUCUCUGAGAGGACAAGCUCCAUUUGGCAGACAAGAAACAAGGGAAAGGUUUGGGAUGCUCGGCUUAAACAAAAAGGAAAAAUAAAAUCCUGAGAAACAAAAAAAGCUGCAUGCCGUGUGACCAAGCAUGAAUUCUAUGUGGUUUCUCAUUUCAAAUUUAAAUGUGUACACCCACCCCACCUUGUUAAAACGUGAAUAGCUUUGUGGAUUUUUUAUUAUUAUUUUUUUUUUUUACAAUAUUGAUUAAAAAUGAAGUCGGUUUUUCUGCACAGGGCAGAGCACAGCUACCUCAGAUUGAUGAAAAAUGCAUUUUUUAAAAUUGUUUUGCUCAUCUCGAGAUGCUUUCCUUCAACACGCUCAAAGAUAACCUCUGAGGUGUGCCUCCUACUUGUUUGUGCAGAGAACGAAGAACAUCUUCCUUCCCCUUUAAUUUUUUUUUUUAAGGAUGUGUCUUGUUUGUAUUGAUUGUGACAUUCUUUAAGUUAAUUUGUUGUGGAGACAGAGGUGGGUGGGGAUGCUUUAUGUUGUCUUAACAUUUCCAUAGUGUUUGAUUCAAAGGACAUCAAAAAAUAUGAUCCUACAUUACUAAUACACGUUGUCCAAAUGAACAUUGAUUGCAGAUCAAAACCCUAAAUGUUAUAUUUUUUUUUUCUAUAAAAAAGAAAAAAUACACUCACAAUGAACCCUUUGAA